CGGGACUCCGGAAGCAGGAAAAAGGAAAAAAUCUCUGAGGCAGGAAAAGUUUGAAAAUGAGCCGAAUUUAUCAUAACACGUCGCUACAGAACAAACCGGUGCACAGUGAGAAGCUGGACCGGGUCUGGAGUCCGGCCGAGCAUCAGAGCGGCCCGGGGCUCCUUCUAGAAGGAAAUCUGCUGGAUGUUUCCAGACACGCAAUCAGUGACGCCAACAACCAGAAGGUCCGUUUCUACGUUCUGUACAUCAAACCGAGUCGCAUCCAUCAGAGGAAGUUCGAUGGCAGCGGAAACGAAGUCGAGCCGAACUUCAGCGACACCAAGAAGGUCAACACCGGCUUCCUCAUGUCGUCCUACAAGGUGGAGGCUAAGGGCGAGUCGGACCGUCUGUCUGAGGAGCAGCUGUCGGCGGUGGUGAACAAACCCGAGCUGGUGAAGAUCACCGAGCGGCACCGACCCGCCGGGACCUGGGCCUUCUGGUACCCAGAGGAGGAGAUGGACAAGACAGAGCUGGAGACGGGUCAGGAGGUCCGGCUGAAGACCAGAGGAGACGGUCCCUUCAUCUUCUCGCUGGCCAAAGUGGACGGACACACCGUGACCAAGUGCAACUUUGCUGGAGAUGAAAAGGCCGGAGCUUCGUGGACGGACAAGAUAAUGGCGAACAAGGCGAACGCUGCCAGCAACCCGAACCCUGCAGGAGGAGGCGAAGGAGCCGAGGAGGACGAAUGGGACGACUGAGGAAACGCUGAACUCUGGGCUCUGAUUGGUCCUCCAGGUCCGAACAAUGUUUAACUGUGAGGAGGAGAACCUUCAUCAUCGCUGCAGUUUGGGACUCGAGGGGUUCUGUCUUUGAAAGUACACUCCUCUCUUCUUGUGUACUUUGGAUCAGAGCCCACAUUUAUAGGACAGAACCUCCACACCCUGCUGUUGUUUACUGUUCUUUGUUCUCUGUGUUCUGUCCACAGUAACUUUUAUAUCUGAGCAUUCUUCUAUACAAACAGCUGUUUCUUGUUAGGAAGCUUCAUUAUCUCUGAGCGCUGUCAGACACUAUUUUCAUAAAUAUUUAAAAUGAUUCAGGAUCAUAAAAAUCUGGUUUUUGCUUCGUUUUCCCCGAAUCGCUUCGGCGGCGGCGGAGAGUCGACUCGUGGAGCAUCAACAGUCACUUCAAUAGGAAACACAUCAGGCUGAAAAACACAUGAAGGGUCAUUUGUUGCCAAUAAAAUAUUUUAAAAUGAGAAAAUUUCAUAAACUGGAUUGUGAAAAACAAACGUGACUAUCUACGGAAUUAGUCACCAGUCUAAGGAUGCUAGCCUAAAAAAGGUACUGACGAGCCUAAUGAUGCCAGUGACUAUCCAAACAGUGCAAGUAGCUAGCUAUGGAAUCUAUUAGUAAGGCUAGUAAUGCUUGUCACUAGCCUAAUAAUGCCAGUGACUAGCUUAGUAUGCUCGUCACUAGCCUAAGCCUAAGAAUCUUAUCACUAGCCUAGGAAUAGUAGUUGUUAGCCAAAGAAUGUAUUUGCUAACCGGGGAAUGCUUGUGCCAUGCUUAGGAAUGCUGGUCACUAGCCUCAGGAUGCUAGUGACUAGCUAGUGACUAGCCCUGUAAUGCUAGUGAUGAUCCUAGGAAUGCUAGUUGCUAGCCUAAGAAUCUUUUCCUUGAACUAGGGAUGGUUGUGUGUAAGAAGUAUUAACUAGCUUGGUAAUGCUAGCAACUAGGAAUGCUAGUUGCUAGCUUAGGGAUGGUAUUGACUAAUGAUUGAUUAAGCGAUUCAGAAUCACAAAAGGUGGUGUCGGAGAGUCGACCCAUUGAGCCUUAAUAGCCACAUUAAUGGCUGAUAUAUCAGACUGGCGUUAUCAUUUAAUACCAAUAAAUUAUUUAAAAAUUCAAAACUUUUAAAAGCCAGUACAUAUUUGGUGAAAAGCAUUUUGACUUCUUAUCUUAACAUAUAAACAUACUGAUGCCAUUUUGUCCAAUUAAACAAAGAAUAGAAAAGAUAAAAAUAACUGACGGCGCUCUUGUUACAGCUAGCGGCCCUGCCAGCUGCCGAGCUAGCCUUAACUGAAGCUAACUAGUACCUUUUUCUUGUUUCUUGCAUUUAAAAAAACAUCUAACUUGAUGCUUCAAGUGCUUAGUUUGUAUAAUGUAUAAUAAUUCAGCAGCGAAAUCUAACAGUAAUU